AUGAAGCUCUGGGCAACCAACGAAGUCCGUGCCAAGUCCAAGUUCUGGUGCUUUCUGAGGAAGCUGAAGAAGGUAAAGAAGAGCAAUGGCCAAAUGCUUGCUAUCAAUGAGAUUUUUGAGAAAAAUCCGACGACGGUCAAGAACUAUGGUAUCUGGUUGAGGUACCAGAGUAGAACCGGUUAUCACAACAUGUACAAAGAAUACCGUGAUACCACUUUGAAUGGUGCUGUUGAGCAGAUGUACACUGAGAUGGCUUCUCGCCACAGGGUCCUUCCGGUUUCGAUAGCGUUGUGGACUGUUGUCGGAGUUGUUGGAAGUGCUAUUAUGGGCAUUGGGUAUGCCUUUGUUUGGCCUGUCAUGGAGACAUUCAGGGCGAUUGUCAAUGAAGGCGUUCCACUUCACCAGAAGUUAAUUAAUUGCUUAAGGGAUGGAACUUGGAGCUGUGUUUUGGGUGCAUGUACUGUUGUACGCGAUUUUGCAAAUUUUUCAUUCCACUCUUACUUCUCUGUUAUGGAUGGGCUGAUGGAGGCCAAGAGGGAGGAGCCUAUUGAACUCAAGUUUUUCUGUGGUUCUGCAUUUAAGGAAAGUUCUACAAAGAAAGGAUUAUUGUAUGUAGUUGCCUCUGCAUCUCUGUUUGAUGAGUACACCAAUGAUUUACUGUACCUGCGUGAGGGUUCCUGCUUCCCCAGGUAA